CUCAUGCUAGAUACGUGGAAUGAAUCCAUAUUUUCAAAUAUAAAAAAUAGGCUCCAGGACAGUGCAAUGAAGCUAGUUCAUGCCGAAAGGCUAGGAGAAGCUUUCGACUCUCAGCUUGUUAUUGGAGUUCGAGAAUCAUACGUUAACCUUUGUUCUAAUCCUGAAGAUAAACUUCAGAUAUAUCGGGAUAACUUUGAAAAGGCAUAUUUGGAUUCAACAGAGAGAUUUUAUAGAACACAAGCUCCUUCUUAUUUACAACAAAACGGUGUACAGAAUUAUAUGAAAUAUGCAGAUGCUAAACUAAAAGAAGAAGAGAAAAGAGCACUACGAUAUUUGGAAACAAGGCGUGAAUGUAACUCUGUGGAAGCAUCAG